AACAGGUGACACCAUUUGCUAUGCUUUCGCGCUCUGCUGCAGGGAUAAGAGGAUCAACAUUGAUCAUUAACAUGCCUGGGAAUCCGAAUGCGGUUGCUGAAUGCAUGGAGGCUUUGUUGCCGGCCCUUAAGCAUGCAUUGAAGCAAAUAAAGGGUGACAAGAGAGAGAAACAUCCUCGUCAUGUCCCUCACGCACAGGCAGCGCCAGUGGAUACAUGGGAGCACAGUUACAAGAUGGCUUCUGGUGGUAACACAGAACAUAGUUGUUCUUGUUCCCAUUAGCGUUU